AGUUACUAUUAACGUCUGUGCUGAUCCAGAGUCAGAUCUUUUAGCUAUGAACUGAGUAAUGGAGAUUCGAACACGACUAUAAGCUGAUCUGGGAACUGCUAGCACCACGCGCCGGGGAAAACGCGUUCGAUUUGAGAAGAGGAACGACCCAUUGGGGCGGUGUUGUCCCUUUUAAGCUAUAUUUGAAGAACAUGAGGUAACUGCCGCCCACCCGGGAGACUGUGAUACAAAAAACAACGCGACAAAUUGUUAAAUUACAAUCAGAGCUGAGGAAUUUAGGUAAAAACGAAAGCCGAGCCCCCGCCACAGUUUACCGCUCCGGUUGUGAGCCCACUGUAGUCGAAGUCCAUGAUAGCGCAGCAGAAACGUAGUUACAAUCCACACAGCGGGACACCCUGGAAGAGACGGAGAACCCUCAGGAGGAUGCCGGGCAACGCGGACUUGAUGUGAGCAUCGUUACGGCAAGAUGUGAGAUGAACCGGGAGAAAACAGCGACCGAGGCCAACGACAUCAUGUUGGUCCGGAGCUCGCCCGUCCGAGGCCGAGCCAGAGUGAGUCACGCGGUGGUGGUGAUCUUCCUGGAGUUCUUCGCCUGGGGGCUGCUGACUACGCCCAUGCUGAAAGUCCUCCAUGAGACGUUUCCUCAGCACACCUUCCUGAUCAACGGCCUGGUUCACGGAGUGAAGGGUUUCCUGUCCUUCCUGUCAGCUCCUCUGAUCGGUGCGCUGUCAGACAUCUGGGGCAGGAAGUCCUUCCUCCUCAUGACGGUCUUCUUCACCUGUGCCCCCAUCCCCUUCAUGAGGAUCAGCCCCUGGUGGUAUUUCGCUCUGAUCUCAGUCUCAGGGAUCUUCGCCGUGACCUUCUCGGUGAUCUUCGCCUACGUCGCCGACAUCACAGAGGAACACGAGAGGAGCACCGCCUACGGCCUGGUGUCGGCGACCUUCGCGGCCAGCUUGGUGACGAGCCCGGCCAUCGGAGCCUACCUGUCGACCCGCUACGACGACAGCCUGGUGGUCCUGGUCGCCACGGUGAUCGCGGUGGCCGACAUCGCCUUCGUGUUCUUCGUCGUCCCCGAGUCUCUGCCGGACAAGAUGAGGCUGACGUCCUGGGGCUUCCCCAUCUCCUGGGAGCAAGCCGACCCCUUCGCUUCUCUGCGUCGUGUGGGGAAAGACACCACGGUGCUGCUGAUCUGCGUCACAGUGUUCCUCUCCUACCUGCCUGAGGCCGGACAGUACUCCAGCUUCUUCCUCUACCUGAGACAGGUGAUCGAGUUUUCUCCUGCAGCCAUCGCCGCCUUCAUCGCCAUGGUGGGAAUCCUCUCUAUAGUCGCUCAGACUCUCCUCCUCAGUGUUUUGAUGAGGACCAUCGGGAACAAGAACACGGUUCUUCUGGGUCUGGGCUUUCAGCUCUUCCAGCUGGCCUGGUACGGCUUCGGCUCCGAGCCCUGGAUGAUGUGGGCAGCAGGAACUGUAGCAGCCAUGUCCUCCAUCACCUUCCCAGCAGUCUCUGCUCUGGUGUCACACAGCGCGUCACCUGACCAGCAAGGUGUGGUUCAGGGGAUGAUCACCGGGAUCAGAGGUCUGUGUAACGGUCUGGGUCCGUGUCUCUACGGCUUCAUCUUCUUCCUCUUCAACGUGGAGCUGAACGACAUGGGGCCGAUGGCGGGAAGACCCACGCAGAACACAGAGAAGUCCGUCAUCCCCGGCCCUCCCUUCCUGUUCGGAGCGUGCGCCGUUGUAUUCGCUCUCAUUGUCGCCAUCUUCAUCCCCGAGCACCACCGGCUGGCCGACGUCAAGACCUGCUCCGCCCGCAAGUCCAGCGGCGGCGCUGCUGCGCACGCUCAGAACGCCAGCCCUCUGGCCACGCCCACCAGCGACGCGGAGGACAUCGAGCCGCUCCUGCAGGACAGCAGCAUGUGACUGACAGCCGGCCCGGCAAAUCGCGGCGCUGAGGCCUGAGCUCUACUCUGCAAGUCCCGCCCCUUUUAAAACAAACCGAUUUCAGCUUUUAUUUUUUUCAUUUUUCUUUUGUUUCCUCACAUCCAGAGUCAGGUGACGUUAGACGGCAACCACGCUGACGAGCUGAUGUUCUUCUGAUUUACAUGACAGAUUCACAGCCUCGUUUUCUUUUAGCUGCACAAGCUUCGUCUUAAUAAAAGUUUAGAUGGAGUUUGUUUGUAGUUAAAAUAUUAAAGGAGCAGCUGCUGCUUCUGGUUCAGACUUCCACCUUUUUCUUGUCUUUGCAGAAAUCUGAACCAGAGUUAACGCAGCAACACACAACAUUUACAUUAUUAAUAUAAAGAAGCCAUUCUUCUACUUUAGAUCAACUUCCACCAUUGUUUAUACCUAAAGCCAUUUUCAGCUCCUUGCCCAGGUGAGCUCGGGCAGGUACGACCAAAGGGCUUUGAACCAUUCAUGAGUCUGUCGCCAUGAAACUCAGAAUGAACACAAGUCAGAGAAAAACCAGAACCUGGUCUGGACUGAACCGGUCUAGACC